AUGCUCAGGUGGAACACAAUCGAAGCAUCUACGGACGGAACGUCCUGUUUAUUGAUCACUUUUGUUCUGCUGUGUUGUGGUAUGCCCUUGGUGGUGGGACACUGGGAACACUGCUGCCCUCGAUUCGCCCCUGCAGAGGCCCCCAAGGAAGAAGGCACGCCCUUCUGGAAGCUGGUGCUGAAGCAGUUUGACGACCUGCUGGUGAAAAUCCUCCUGGUCUCUGCAGUCGUCUCCUUCCUCCUCGCCCUCGCCAACGGGGAGAGCGGCUGGCACGCCUUUGUCGAGCCUGCUGUCAUCCUUCUCAUUCUCAUUGCCAACGCCACAGUUGGGGUCAUCACAGAAACUAACGCAGAGAAGGCCCUGGAGGAGCUGAAGGCUUAUCAAGCCGAUGUUGCUACAGUACUGCGCAAUGGCAGGCUGGCCAUCAUCCCAGCUGCAGAGCUGGUCCCUGGCGACAUUGUUGAGGUGUCAGUCGGCGGCAAGGUGCCAGCGGACCUCAGGGUGCUCUCCCUGCUCAGCACUCAGCUCAGAGCAGACCAAUCCAUCCUCACAGGGGAGAGUGGGUCGGUGUCAAAGACAAAACGAGCCACACGGUCAGCAGCGGCAGUAUAUCAAGACAAGACCUGCAUCCUCUUUUCCGGAACCGUGGUGACAGUGGGGAGGGUGCGGGCCAUUGUUAUCGCCACAGGAGGGAGGACUGCCAUUGGGAAAAUCCGUGAUGCCAUAUCGGAGUCAGCAGAUGAAAUGACUCCUCUAAAACGCAAGCUGGACGAGUUUGGCACCUUCCUCUCCAAGGCCAUAGCUGUGGCCUGUAUUCUUGUGUGGGUAAUCAACAUCAGAAACUUCCAGGAUCCUGCGCACGGCGGUGUUAUUCGAGGGGCUAUCUACUAUUUCAAGAUCGCGGUUGCUCUAGCUGUGGCCGCCAUUCCUGAAGGCCUUCCAGCAGUCGUCACCACCUGUCUGGCUCUAGGCACGAAGAAGAUGGCGCGGCUAAACGCCAUAGUGCGCUCGCUGCCCUCCGUGGAGACUCUUGGGUGCACCACUGUCAUCUGCAGUGACAAGACAGGCACUCUCACCACCAACAUGAUGUCUGUUAACAAGAUCUGUGUGUGCAGCACAGCAGCAGGCCCCUUGUGUGAGCUGGACGUGUCUGGAACCACAUACGCGCCUGAAGGCUCCAUCUCUCUCGGCCGCUCGGUGGUGGAGCGGCCAGCAGACAUGCCAUCGGUGCAGCACGUGGCCAUGUGCGCCUCCAUGUGCAACGACUCCACCCUCCAGUACAACGCCACCACUGACACCUACGACCGCAUUGGAGAGGCCACUGAAGUGGCCCUUCGGGUUCUCACAGAGAAGGUCGGCAUACCCGGUUAUUCCGACAUGCCCACAUCCCUUGGGCUCCUCAGCAAGGCAGAGAGAGCCGCCUUCUGCAACAACCACUGGCAUGACACCUUCCACAAGCUUGCAAGUCUGGAGUUCUCAAGGGACCGCAAGCUGAUGAGUGUGCUGUGCACGAGAGGCGAGGAGGAGAUUCUCUUCUGCAAGGGAGCGCCAGAGGCUGUGCUGUCUCGCUGCAGCAAAGUACUGACGAAUGACGAUGGGGCAGUGGCUGCCAUGACGCCUGAGCUGAAGGCAGCGAUCGAAGAGCGAGUGUGCAGCAAAGUACUGACCAACGACGAUGGGGCAGUGGCGGCCAUGACACCUGAGCUGAAGGCAGCGAUCGAAGAGAGAGUGUGCAGCUACGGCCGGCACCAGAUGCUGCGAUGCCUGGCGCUUGCCAUGCGGCCUCUGCCCGGAGGGCAUCAGACCAUCACUCCUGAAGAUGAAUCCGACCUCACCUUCCUCGGACUGGUGGGAAUGCUGGACCCACCUCGGGAGGAGGUGAGAGCAGCAGUGGAGACAUGCCGGUCGGCUGGCAUUCGCAUCAUAGUUGUCACAGGCGACAACAAGGCCACAGCAGAGUCGGUGUGUCGUCGCAUCGGGCUGCUCAGCCCUCUCUCUGCAGAUGCCCUUAUCAUCAUCGACCCCACUUCCCCCAACACCCCCGCCUCCCCCGCGUCGCCUCUGCUCAAAGGAAGCGCCAGUGGGGGAGCGGGAGGGGGAGAGGAGGGGGGUUAUGCGUCGCUGACAGCAGCCGAGUUUGAGCUGCUGUCGCCGUCGCAGCAGGCUGCUGCUGUUCAGCAGCUCGUCCUCUUCUGCAGAGUGGAGCCCAGCCACAAGUCCAUGCUAGUAGAUUUGCUCAAACGCCAAAAUGAAGUGGUGGCGAUGACCGGUGAUGGGGUGAACGAUGCACCGGCACUCAAGAAAGCAGACAUUGGAAUUGCCAUGGGGUCUGGCACUGCGGUGGCCAAGGGAGCAUCAGACAUGGUGCUGGCAGAUGACAAUUUCUCCACCAUUGUUGCGGCGGUGGGCGAGGGGAGGGCAAUCUACAACAACAUGAAGGCGUUCAUUCGCUACAUGGUGUCCUCCAACAUCGGGGAGGUCGUUGCCAUCUUCCUCGCCGCAGCAGUGGGCAUGCCAGAGACGCUCAUCCCCGUGCAGCUGCUGUGGGUGAACCUUGUCACUGACGGCUUGCCUGCUACCGCCCUGGGAUUCAACAAGCAAGACCGCGACGUCAUGAGCAUUAAGCCUCGAAAGAUGGAGGAUGCAAUCGUCAAUGGAUGGCUCUUCUUCCGUUAUCUAGUCAUCGGGAUCUACGUGGGGUUGGUGACAGUGGCUGCCUUUGUGUGGUGGUAUAUGUGGUUCGCCGAUGGCCCCAAGAUCUCCUGGACUCAACUGGUCACCUUUGACACGUGUGUGGAUUCAUCUGGCCGCCCCUGUGCUGUGUUCCUAGACCCCCGCCCACGUACUGUGGCCAUGUCAGUGCUGGUGGUGGUGGAGAUGUUCAACGCCCUCAACAACCUCUCCGAGAACCAGAGCCUGCUCGUCCUGCCGCCCUGGUCCAACCUCUGGCUGCUAGCAGCCAUCGCCUUCUCAAUGAUCCUCCACUUCCUCAUCCUCUACGUGCCAGCCCUCGCUGUCCUCUUCUCUGUGGGCCCUCUCUCCUGGCCAGAAUGGCGUGCAGUGCUGCUCUUCUCUUUCCCUGUAUGCCAUGCUCUCAACUCUAGCCCCACUCCACUUUUCACACUUUCCAUGCUCCACUUCUCUUCCUUCCUGUUGUAA